GUGCAGCGCUACCGUUAAUUUUUCUUCUCACUAUCCCAAAGUAGAAAUUUGAAAAAUCUCUAUGUGUAUAUGCACAGAUUGAUAGCUGUGUCUGUAACAAUCUAAAACAAACUCCGCUCUUUCGGGGUGUCAAGUUGUACAACAUGCCGGAUGCCGUUGCUGUAGCUACUAGCUAAACUAGCUUCCUGUACAGCUGAAAGUCAGCAUCAUCGCCACUCCCCUCAAUAGGAAGGGCGCAUCCCUGAUAGCUAGCUGGCUAGCUGUACCCAGCAUAACGAUGGCAGUUAACCUUAGCAAAAAUGGCCCUGCAUUAACAGCUGCUUUUAAAGAAGUGGUGGACGAAAAAUCCAGCACGAAUUGGGCCUUGUUCACCUAUGAGGGAAACAGUAACGAUAUCCGCCUGGCAGAAAAAGGGGAUGGAGGUCUGGAGGAGUUGGUUGAGGAAUUGAACAGUGGAAAAGUUAUGUACGCUUUCUGCCGGGUCCAGGAUCCAAAUUCUGGUCUGCCCAAAUAUGUCCUCAUCAACUGGACUGGAGAAGGAGUGAAGGAUGCCAGGAAAGGGAUAUGUGCAAAUCACGUCAGCUCCAUGGCCAACUUUCUAAAGGGGGCUCAUGUUACAAUAAAUGCCAGAGCAGAAGAGGAUGUGGAACCAGAGGUGAUCAUGCAAAAGGUGGCCAAAGCUUCAGGAGCGAACUACAGCUUCCACAAAGAAACUUCCAGCCGCUUCCAGGACAGCGGUCCUCAGGGUCCUGUGGGCUCAGUGUACCAGAAGACCAACGCUAUGUCUGAAAUCAGAAAGACCAACAAAGACAACUUCUGGGCUCAGGCAGAGAAAGAAGAGGAGAAACGUCGCCACGAGGAGCGGCGCAAGGCAGAGGAGGAGCGCCUGCAGCUGGAGAGAGACAGGAAAGACCGAGAGGCCAAGGAGGCAGCGCAGAGGGACAAAAGGGACAAAGAGAGGGCCUCUCAGAUCGACCAACAAAAGAAGUACCAGCAGCAGCAGGAAACCGAGAGCAGGGAGCAGGAGAAACAACAUUGGGAGGAGCAGCAGCAGGAGAUCCAGCCAACCCAGAAGAAACCAGUCAAGAGAGGUGAAUCUGUGGAAAAGGCCAAUGAGGCGGCUUCUCUCAUCUCUCAGCGUGCUGUAAACCCCAGAGAGAUGUUCAAGCAGAGAGAGAGGGGAAUAACUCCCAGUGACUCAGACGUCCCCUCUGCCGCCCCUGCUAGCCCUCAGCCAGGGCGUCUGCAAAGCCCUUUUCUGUCUAAGUCCGUGUAUGAAAGUGAGCGAGCCAGCUCACCUCAGCGCCAAGCUUCUCCUGUGCCAGCAGGCUCCGCCUCUCCUGUCCGUGCCACAGAGCCUGAUGUGGAUGAUGGACAGUCCAGGUGUGAGUAUGACGAGCAGGAGGCGACCCCCCAGGAGGAGCUGAAAGAGGAAGCACCUGCUGCCAACUCCUACGUCCAAGAGACGGCUUAUGAAGAACCAGCUCAGGUGGAGGAGAAUAACUCCUACCAGGUGACUGCUGAGGAGACCUCAGAUAGAGGCAUCUGUGCCAGAGCCUUAUAUGACUACCAGGCUGCUGAUGACACGGAGAUCUCGUUCGACCCUGACGAUAUCAUCACAGGGAUUGAGAUGAUAGACGAGGGCUGGUGGCGAGGCUACGGGCCAGACGGCCAUUUCGGGAUGUUCCCGGCCAAUUACGUGGAGCUUAUUUAGCUCCAUGCAACCGUGCCACACCCCACACCUCACCACCUCAGAUUUAUGACGCUGGCAGCCCUGGCGGGGGAACUCUGCAGUAAAACAACACGCAGCAAAGUCCGCACAAGUGAGCUGAUCGGGCUGAGACGGAGCAAACGAUCCUCCACAUCACGGACCAACGAGCGGAUGUUAAUCGUGAGCCAGAAGCUUUUGAAAUCUCUUCUCAUUUCAAGACAGUGAUUCCAUUAAAUUGUUGAUGUUGUAAGCAAAUGAUGGCCUAGUUUAGGGAUUUGUGAAGACCCUUAGGCUGACCAAAACUCCCCCCAUAUAAUACAUGUCUUUACCUAUAAAUGUGAUGCAGUAUGAUCUCAGCCUUGGUUGAUUCUUCAGCUGUGAGCAUUAACAGCACUUCUCGUUAGCAUUCCUUACAAAGUGACUUUGAUUCUAUUUCAGGUAUAAUUUUGUUGUUACUUGUAGCAAAUGCUCCUGUACAUUUCAGUACAAAAAAAAAAAAAAUCAAAGAUGGUGGUACCGGCUACAGUGUAAUCUUCUGCCUUGUUUUUGCCUUUCUUUACCGGCAGACUGAGUUGUUUUGUUAUUUUUUCCUCUUGUUUUUUUUACGUGAUUGACCUUACAUCCUGUGUGAAUUUCAGAACCAUGUUUUAAUACUGAUUUGACAGUGGUUGAAGUGAAUAUUUAAAAAACAAAAAACGAUGCUUGCUGUGCUCUGGGUGGUCGACUUCAGUGGGGAAAUGCAUAAAACGGUUAAGUUCCGUUUAACUGUGAGUAUAUAACAGCUGUUUUCAUUUCAAGUCAUCUUAACCACAUUAUUUCAACAAAUUUAACUUUUCAGGGACAAGCUGAAGAGAAGAUGACGUAACUCUGCAUUAUAUUUCUGUUUUUGGAUCUCGCUGGUCUGAGGUUGAUUCUUAAUAAAUGUGAUGUUAUGGUGCCAUAAUGAGGGGAAGUGACUGCAGUUGCUGAUGACAGUUUGACAGCGGAAGUUCACUGUGUUUUGAUUAUGGAACAAAAUUUUUGCUCUUUUAAGCUUUUAGGUCAGUUGACAAAAUGAUAUUGUGAAGAGAAAAGGGCAUCGAGUAUCCAUUGCAUCAUUCACGUUUGUUUCUCCAGAGUCUAUUGUAAUGACAUUCUUCAUAAUAAAACAAAUAAACGAGC